AUGGAUCAUUACGCUGUUAUUGCUAUUAAUUUUCAUGGAUGUGAUUCAUAUGAACAAAAUUUCAUUGAUAGUAUUGUAGAUCAAUAUGGUACAUUACGUUAUCGAGAUCUACAAAUAGGACUUAAAGAAGUUUUACAACGUUAUAUUUACAUUGAUGAAAAUCGAGCUGUAGCAUUAAGUAGUAGUCAUGAUGGUUAUAUGGUCAAUUGA